CACACCCACAAAGUCAAACCUCGCAUUGUUUUACAAAUUUGAUUUGAAACCGUACCCUGAGCUAUAAUAAAGGAUCCAAACCUUAAAUUAAGACCAAAAAGCACCUUUUCGAUGUUGAUGAAUUUAAGAGCCAUUUUUUUUUACUUUGUGGCUGUGGUAACUAGUGGAAACCUAUGUUCUUGGCGGGGAUACUGGGUAACUAGUUACCGCUGAGGUAUAAUAAGAACUGCAACGUUAGCUACUAGCUAGCAGUGAAAGCAGCGUGGGGAGCUGGGUCGACUAAAUACCACCAAGCGAGCUAGUGGCACUAAUGUUUCUGGGGAAUGUAUACUGAAUGCAUAUUCUAACUAACGUUAACUCUUCAGGCUAUCGAUAGCUAGUUGACUAGCUAUAUCGUCUUCCCUGCACAAACGUCUAGAUAUCAGUUUAUGUCCAGCAGCGUUAAAUAGGCAUCUUUGGGAAACGAAAUAGCCAACCAGGUCACAGAAGCGCAGUGUUGUUGACAGUUCCGGACCGACCCAAACGAGCGUUUUCUCUGGCCGUCAUCUCCAUCAGUUUCUGAGGAUGGUUUUGCUAAGGAGUGUCCCUCCACCCAGCGAGGGAGUCCGGCAUGAACAAGCCGAGACCAUGGCGGUGUUGGACGGGAAGGGUCUCGGCGCAGGAACGCUCUACGUUGCUGAAACGCGAUUGUCGUGGUUUGACGGAUCAGGGAUGGGCUUCUCUCUAGAGUACCCCACUAUCAGCCUGCACGCCAUCUCACGAGACUUCAGCACCUACCCACAGGAACAUCUAUACGUCAUGGUCAACACCAAACUCAACGAUGAGAACGAAGCAGAGAUGCAGGAGAAUGCCCAUGAUCAGGAGAAUGAGGAUAACAGCAGUGAGGAAGAUGAGUCUGAGGGGAUCACAGAGAUCCGCUUCGUCCCUAGAGACAAGGCAGCAUUGGAGUCUAUGUUUUCAGCGAUGUGUGAGUGUCAGGCCCUGCACCCAGACCCGGAUGAUGAAGACUCCGACGGGGACUUUGACGGAGAUGAGUACGAUGUGGAAGAAGCAGAGGCAGAGCAUGGUCAGGGUGAUAUCCCGUCGUUCUGUACAUAUGAGGAGGGUGUGUCGGGUCUGACGGCUGAAGGCCAGGCUACUCUACAGAGACUGGAGGGCAUGUUAGCUCAGUCUGUUGCUAACACCUUUCACAUGGCUGGGGUCCGCACUGAUGAGGCCAAUGGAGAGUUUGACGAUGGGAUGGAGGUGGAUGCAGGGUCGACGAUGGCCGGACAGUUUGAAGAUGCAGACGUAGACCACUAGUAAUAACAUAUCAUAAUACUACGUUGUAAUUAUCAAUGGAACUCAACUCUACUGCCAGUCAAAGCACUUGUGGGAUUGGAGGAGAAUACAAUCUCUCCACUUCCUGAUUUUCUGUUCAUCUCAACAUACACAGUUUUGUACCUGAAGUACAACUGAAGACCAGUUGUACUGAGAUUUCCCCAACAGGGAACAGUGUUGGCUUUGUAUGAAAUCUCUUCAUUAAACACACGUGUUUUUGAAUAAAGAACAAGGUGUUUCUUCUGUGCACAUUCCAGAGGAGUAAUGUAGGAGCUCCACUGGUGCAUCUGGAAAUGUUAUUUAGUUUAAAUAUUUUUCAUGUCUUUGUUUGUUUAUUAAAAAGAGGAGUGUGCUGAAAUGGCUUUGGGCCGAAUUCGAAGCGGUACAUGUGCACCAGAGGCAGCAACCUAGACCAGUGGUUCCCAAAUUGUGGGGAGAGGGGGGGCGCAGUCCGACUUCAAACGUAUUCUUGACAUUUGUAAUAAAAUUGGGUAGUGCAUCAUCA